AACUUACGCAAACUAAUACCCCUUAUAUAUUUGGGGGUCUUCCAACUAUACAAGUAGAGAAACCAGCGCGUGUGUAGAAAAAUGAGAGGAGAAGGCAAGAAAUGGGAGGAUUUGAUGCAACAAGUGAAGAAAGUUGGGUACAUAGCUGGGCCGAUGGUGUUGGUAUCGAUGUUGCAGUAUCUGCUGCAAGUGGUUUCCACGAUGAUGGUCGGCCACCUCGGCCGCCUCACGCUAUCAAGCGUCGCCAUCGCCACUUCUCUGACCAAUGUCACCGGUUUCAGCCUUCUCUCAGGGCUGGUUGGCGGCUUGGAAACUCUGUGCGGGCAGGCCUACGGCGCGGGGCAGUACCAGAAGCUGGGCGUCUACACUUACAGCGCCGUGUUUUCACUAGCUGCGGUGUGCAUCCCGGUGAGCCUUGCGUGGGUGUUGAUGGAGAAGCUGCUGGUGGCCAUGGGGCAGGAUCCCCUCGUCUCCCUCCAAGCCCGAGACUACUCUCUCCGCCUCAUUCCCGCCCUGUUUGCUGCUGCUGUUUCAAAGCCUCUUGUGAGAUACUUGCAAACUCAGAGCUUGGUUUUGCCGAUGGUGGUAAGCUCGUUUGUGGUGCUGUGCUGCCACAUUCCCACCACUUGGGCUCUCGUCUAUAAGCUGGAUAUGGGGAGUAGUGGUGCAGCUACGGCCGUCUGUAUAUCCAAUUGGUUAUAUGUCUUUGUUCUUGCAGUUUACAUCAGAUACUCACCAUCAUGCAAGGCCACGCGCUUGGCCUUCUCCGUUGAGGCCUUCCGGCACAUAGGGGAGUUCUUCCGCUUUGCAGCUCCUUCUGCUGUCAUGGUUUGCCUGAAAUGGUGGUCGCUGGAAGUGCUUGUUUUGGUAUCCGGCCUUUUACCCAAUCCAACGCUUGAGACAUCAGUGCUGUCAAUAUGCCUAACUAUUUCGACAUUGCAUCUCACCAUUCCGUAUGGACUUGGAGCUGCAGCAAGCACGCGAGUUUCGAAUGAGUUAGGAGCUGGAAAUGCGGACAAGGCGCGGCUGGUGGUUUGGGUGGCGAUGUUUCUUGCUGUGGCUGAAACUGUGGCCGUGAGCAUCCUUCUCCUCUGCCUGCGCCACGUUCUAGGGCGUGCCUACAGCAACGAGAGGCAGGUGGUGAACUACAUUGCUGGGAUGACUCCACUUAUUUGUGUCUCCACCAUCACUGAUAGCCUGCAAGUAGUGAUCUCUGGAAUUGCAAGAGGGAGUGGGUGGCAACACAUCGGUGCUUAUGUGAACUUAGGCGCAUUUUAUGUGGUGGGGGUUCCGGCAGCCGUAGCCCUGGGCUUCGCGGUGCACUUGAACGCGAGAGGGUUGUGGAUAGGGAUACUCAUUGGUUCUGUGUUGCAAUCAACCGUUAUGUCAGUUAUAACAGGAUUCACCAACUGGAACAAACAGGUACCUACCCAUUUCAGCUUUUCCUACUACUUUGAAAUUGACGACAUCAACUUCCUACAGGCAACGGAGGCACAGGAGAGAGUCGCUGAGGCUCCAUCGUCACACCCCUAAUUACUCAAACUUGGAAGCCAGCCAGUGAGAGAUCAUAGAUAUGUCAGGAAACAGUGAAAUGCAAGACAUAAUAAAGUAGGUAGGCGAUCUCGUAUUAUAUCAAAUUAUUGUGAAAGAAAAUUGUCUACACAGCACACCACUCAUUACAUUCCAAUGAAAACUUGUAGCUAGAUCUGAUAGUGAUGUAAAUGAGUGAAUGAGAUAUGUGCAUGGUCAAGAAGCUGGUGAAGUGAGAGCAAUUUCUAUUUCCUCCAAA